UAAGAAAAAAAAAUAGGCUUUGUAAAUAACUUUGCCUGAAAAGACAUGUGCAAGUAUCCGAAAAGAAAAAUAAAAUCUCUCCGUACCCAUGCCCAUUCCCCAAACAGUUAAACUCAGUGCCUCCUUGGGUAGCCUUUAAAAUUUUUUUUCUAUGAAAUCUCUCUUUAAUUACUAUGCCAAAAAUUCAUUGAAGGACUAAAUACUCUUUACUCUGAAACACUUGCCAUACUUUUUAAAACUUGUUUUUCUUCAUGUCAGACGAUGUGACGUACAUUGCUUAAGACUUGGGAGUAUCUUCAGUUAGCCAAAGGCAGACUAUUUGCUUUAAAAAUGAGUUUAUGAUGUUUAAAGUUCAUUUUAGUGGGAGUCUUUUUUUUUUUUUUUUUUUGAGGUUUAGCUGAUUUACAAUAUUAUAUACGUUAGUGGGAGUCUUUAAUGUACCUCAGCCACUCAGAUAACAAGUGGUUCAGGCUGGCCUUUUUGGCCCCUAGUCCUGGUAUUUAUCCAAACCACUUCCCUCCCCCUCACUCAGUUCAAGAAACCUGGUUCCCUGACCCUCCAUAUCCCCCAGCCCCUGCUUCCUCGACCCCCUUGCUCUAGGACCUUUUUAGAUACACUUCUCUGGGUUGGCUUUGCUCACUUUAUCCUCUGAAAGGCUUUGGGAUUCCCCGCCAUCCUCAGGGCCUGUAGAGAGCCACAGCUCCCACCCAUCUCUGGUCCUGAUGGGAGGCCCAGAGCACCCGCCCCUCCCUCCAUCACUCACCCCGGGGCUGCAGAGCCCGUACCUGCUUCACCCUGAGCUGCUGUGUCCUCUCUCCGCUGCUUUCCGCCCCCCCGCCUCCUCCCAAUGUUUACAGAAGCAUCUUUGGGAUUCACACAGCAACGGACAGUGACCCAGCACCCACUGUGUGCCCAGCUCUGUGUUGGGUCUCGCUGCAUCCCCGAUUUCACUGUGUCUCUGAGUGAGUGAGUUACAGGCCAGAGGAUUCCAGAAGUCUGAUUACAUAUGCACUGCCUUCAUGAGGUUUCUUUUUUAAAUAUCGUGCCCUUUGAGCUGCUAUCAUUUUCCAGUUGAAAACCCACCGUGGGGACCUGAUCAGAGCAGAGGCCUCUGGAGCUGCGGGCGCAGCGUGCUGAGUGACGGGCUUUCACUGCCCGUGGGCAUCACUGGCUGCGUGUGGCCCACAAAAGAACCUUCCCUGGGUUCGAGCCAACCCAGCCUUCCUGUGGAAGUGGCUGACCCAAGUCCUAGACCAAAAAUGAAAAGAAAAUCAGUUGUCAGAUCAGACCACAGGGAAGCGUCACAGUUGCAGGGAUUGUUUUAAUAGAUGGCCGAGUCUGAUAAGGUUGCUGCUGUUGUCGGCUGUGCAGACCUCCUGGCUGCCCUGUUUUUUCUGUUAUCUUUCCUUGGCUACUGUAAAGCACUUAAAGAAACUAACAAGGAGGGGACGCAUUCCACGUUCUGGGUGUUGCUAAGUAUCCUUCUGGGAGCAGUGGCCAUGCUGUGCAAAGAGCAAGGGAUCACUGUGCUGGGUUUGAAUGCCGUCUUUGACAUCUUGGUGAUAGGCAAAUUAAAUGUUCUGGAAAUGGUCCGGAAGGUACUACGUAAGGACAAAUCAUUAGAGAACACUGGCGUGCUGAGGACUGAGGGCCUCCUCUUCAGAAUGAGUCUCCUGGCCUUGGGGGGAACAGGGGUGCUCUACGUGCGCUGGAAGAUCAUGGGCACCGGCCCGCCGGCCUUCACCGAGGUCGACAACCCUGCCUCCUUCGCCAGUAGCAUGCUGGUCAGGGCCGUAAACUAUAAUUACUACUAUUCCUUGAAUGCCUGGUUGCUGCUGUGCCCCUGGUGGCUGUGUUUUGAUUGGUCAAUGGGCUGCAUCCCCCUCAUUAAGUCAGCCGGGGACUGGAGGGCAGUUGCUCUAGCAGCACUCUGGUUCUGCCUAAUUGGCCUGAUACGCCAAGCCCUGUGCUCUGAAGACAGCCACAAGAGACGGAUCCUCACACUGGGCCUGGGAUUUCUCAUCAUCCCAUUUCUUCCUGCGAGUAACCUGUUCUUCCGAGUGGGCUUCGUGGUGGCAGAGAGGGUCCUGUACCUCCCCAGCGCUGGGUACUGCGUGCUGCUGACGUUCGGAUUUGGGGUUCUCAGCAAACAUACUAAGAAAAAGAAACUGAUUGCUGCUUUCGUCCUGGGGAUUUUAUUCAUAAACACGCUGAGAUGCGUGAUUCGCAGCGGCGCGUGGCGGAGUGAGGAACAGCUCUUCAGAAGCGCCCUGUCUGUGUGUCCUCUCAAUGCCAAGGUUCACUACAACGUGGGCAAAAACCUGGCUGAUAAAGGCAAUCAGACAGCUGCCAUUAGAUACUACCGGGAAGCUGUGAGAUUAAAUCCGAAGUACGUUCAUGCCAUGAAUAAUCUGGGAAAUAUCUUAAAAGAAAGGAAUGAGCUCCAGGAAGCAGAGGAGCUGCUGUCUUUGGCUGUACAGAUACAGCCAGACUUCGCCGCCGCGUGGAUGAAUUUAGGCAUCGUGCAGAACAGCCUGAAACGGUUCCAGGCUGCCGAGCAAAGUUACCGGACGGCGAUCAAACACAGGAGGAAAUACCCAGAUUGUUACUACAACCUCGGGCGUUUGUAUGCAGAUCUCAAUCGUCACGUGGACGCGCUGAACGCCUGGAGGAAUGCUACCGUGCUGAAGCCAGAGCACAGCCUGGCCUGGAACAACAUGAUCAUCCUCCUUGAUAACACAGGUAAUUUAGCCCAAGCCGAAGCUGUUGGAAGAGAGGCACUGGCAUUAAUACCUAAUGACCACUCUCUGAUGUUCUCCUUGGCAAACGUGCUGGGAAAGUCCCAGAAAUACAAGGAAUCUGAAGCUUUAUUCCUCAAAGCAAUUAAAGCUCAGCCAAAUACUGCAAGUUACCAUGGCAAUUUGGCUGUGCUUUAUCAUCGCUGGGGACAUCUAGACUUGGCCAAAAAACACUAUGAGAUCUCUCUGCGGCUUGACCCAAUGGCAUCAGGAACUAAGGAGAAUUAUGGUCUUCUAAGAAGAAAGCUGGAACAAAUGCAAAAGAAAAACGUCUGAGCCUUUUUCCUUCAUUUUUUGAGUUUGUGUGUGUGUGUGUGCAUGAGGCAGAUCAUUAAUAUCAUGUGCUUACGUUUAACCAUUUAAAAGUCUUACGUGUUGUUUAUUUUAUCAUUUUUUUUCUAUGAAAACAAAGACAUGCAAAAAGAUUACAGCACCAGCAAUAUACUCUUGAAUGCUUGAUGUGGUUUUUGCAUUGAAAUUGUAUUUUUUCAGACAACUCAAACAUAAAUUCUAAAAUUCCAAGGAUGAAGUCUUUUUUAAUUAAAAAGAAAAAAAGAAAAAAAUUACCUUGAGCGACUUACAGCAGAAUUAAACCUGCAUUUGGGAUGUGAGUUGUGUUGUUGUAAAGACUCAUAUUAUUAAACUUGGAUUGUGAACAAGAAAUGACAAACUGAUUCCUACAAUUUAUAUAAAUAUCUAAUGUGUCUGUAUAUUAGAAUUUUUAUUUAAUGACAAGAAAGAGUAAAUUAAGAUUUUUUUUUAAUCUUUUUUUUUCCAAACAAUGUGCUAUGAACAUCAUUUGUAAGGAAAUAUUUAUUUGUAUUUUUUUUUGAAUGGGGCAAAUAAUUGAAUGAAGAAUGGAAAUGUUAACAUCUAGUGUAUUUACACUUUUUCCCUAGGAAGAAAUUCACUCCUGCAAUAUUUUUUGGAUUCUUCAACUUGUGCUGUUUCAUAACAUAGGAAAUUAUGUAGUAUCCUACAUAAACUGUCACUAUUAAUAGAAAAUUAAAGCCAUGCUUUAGGCAAAAGUAGGCAGCCUGAUGUCUUUAUUUUUGUUACAUCCAGUAUUAAGAGGGCUACACACCUCUAUGUAAGUUGUUUUUUUUUGUGUUUUUUGACUGGAAAGCAGUUUUCCAUUUAGUUUCAUGGAACCAUAGUCAUUACUAUAUCCAAAAAAUGCAAGAGGUAAAUUUUCUCCCAAAAGGAACCACAUUUGGGGAGUUUGUGAUAUUUUUAAGAAUUGGAUUAUUUAUCCUGUUUUAUUGGGUCAGAAUAAUCAUGUUCGUUUUGUUUUAUUCUCCUAUAUAUGCUGUUGACCUAAUGAUUUAUGCAAUCUCUGUCAUUUCUUAUGCGGUAAAAUUAUUACAGAAACCGGUA